AUUCAAUGUAUGACUUGUUACGAAAGGACAGUCUGACUGUACUGCGUUGAUUAUCCAGAUUUCCCAGAAUUCCCUGUUCGCGCCAAUAACAAUGUAUUCCGUAGUCUAAUGGAAGAAAGGUGACAAUCUACCGUAAUCACUAUGGCAACCUCAUCAUCUCAGAGAACAUCUACUGCAAUAGUGGCUGCUGCAGCUAGAGGUCCUAAACCACCAACAGACUGGAAACGACGUGUCAAAUCAGAGUACAUGAGGUUGAGGCAGUUAAAGAGAUACAAACGAGCAGAUGAAGUGAAGGCUGCCUUCAGUGAGAAUAGACGUUUGAUUGCUGAGAAGACUGAAGGAUAUUCCUAUUCUUGGAGAGCCAAACCAGCUCAGAUUAUCCAUGCACCUGCCACGUUUGAUCAUGUUCCAGUAACGAGGAAG